AUGAAUGUCCUACAGAUUAGUGCUGUGGCUUGCGCUUUCAUCAGCCUCCUGUUCCUCCUCAUUGCCCUGGGCUCAGACUACUGGUUGCAAAGCAGUGUUCAUAACACUGGCCUGUGGGUAGGUUGUUAUUCCAAAGAAGGCUGUGGUUCAUUUGGGAUGGAUGUGCCAGAUUACUACCAUGCUACCCGAGCCUUCAUGUUCUUCGGGAUGAUUGCUGGAGCCGUCUCUUGCCUUGGCCUUUGUGGCAAAUGUUUUGACUUUCAAUUUGGCUCCCUCUCCAAGGCCAAGACUGCAGCUAUAGCCAGCCUUGUUGCAGCUCUUUGUGUCAUGAUUGCCAUGGCCACCUUCACAGGGCAGACAGGAUCAAAUGCCUCUUAUGGAUGGUCUUUUGGCUUGGGCUGGGCCUCCUUUCCUCUCUUCCUUGUAACUGGUGUGCUGGCUUUCCUCUUAGAUGGGUCAGCAUGA